AUGGUGAUAGGGCAAAGCCAAGGGCGUGGCCGAGUCCAAGGCCGUGGUCAACUCCGAGGUCAAGGCCGAGGCCUGUGUCAUGUUGAGGAUCGUGAUAGGCCGACUUUCGUUGAUGUUGAUGACAAUAUGGACAUGCCAUCACCGGUGACCCUCGAUUCGGCGGAGGGCCAUGGCCAUUCUUCCCAUAAGCGAUCUAAUGACAUACCCUCAUCGGGAGUCGCACCCACCGUAAGCUCUAUCACGUCUGUUAGACGGCCAAGGGGUCAGAACAAGAAUUCCAAGGUUAAUGAUACGAUAGAUAAGGAUGGUCCGCUCACUUUGGAAUUCAAGGAUGACUAUGUCGUACCUGUGGGCGACAAUGCCGGGGCAUGGUCGAGGAUAAUUUCUAAGAUUGUCCUCAAUCAUUGCGACCUCCAUUAUCAGAGUUGGACCAUGGUCCCAGAUGAAAUGGGUAAGUUCGUUUUGGAUAUGGAGCUUCAGAAGCACAAGGAUGCCUUAAAGCAUCAACUAGGUAAGGCUUAUAAUAGGACACGCUCCGCAUUGCACCUCAAGAAUUACAAAAUUUAUUUCAAAAAUGUGGAGAGCGAUGAUUCAGUAGCGGUGGCCAAUGCUCAAGCCGAGGCGAGGGCCAAUGUUCCAACUGGUAUUUCUCCGGAACAAUGGCCUGCUAUAUGUGAUUCAUUCGAAGUUGAUACGUGGAAGAAAAAAUCUGAGCGAAAUAAGAAAAACAGAGCUAAGAUGGAAACAAAUUAUACCGCUGGCAGCACGACGUUCGUCAAUAUCAUUCACAAGAAGGCAAAGAAAACGAAUGCCGCACCCAAUCCCAUAGAAAUAUACAAGGUCACGCACACUAACAAGGAUGGGAAAUUUGUGAGUGACUACGCUGAGAGUAAAUAUAAUGAAAUGGAAUCAAUAGCAGCAAACUUCGACAACACUAAUGCCAGCCAAGAAGACAUUGUCUUAAAGGUGCUAGGUGGACACCGCUCAGGACAUGUCAGAGGAAAAGGUUGUGGUGCCAUACCUACCAAGUCAAAUUCCUCAUCAGCAUGCAACCAACAAAACCAUGAUGAAUGCUUAGCUAAAUAG